AUGCGUGGACACAACCUGGAGCCUCCGUCCUUCCAGCCGCACCGCUCUCCAUCUCCACAGCGAAUCCUGCCUCAGCCUCAGGGAGUCCCCAUCCCAAACACCAUUGCUAAGGCCAUGGCCAGGGAAGCUGCCCAGAGAGUCUUUGCGGAGGGAAACCGGGUUGAAAAGAGGAACAUCUUCAGUGAUCGUGGUAUGCAUCCUGUUAACUCUGAUGAAGAGGAGGAUGGGUAUGACUCUCCACAUGCGAGAAGGAAAGGAGCGUCUGUGGACGACUUUCUCAGAGGCUCAGAGUUGGGCAGGCAGCACCAUCAUCAUCAUCACUACAGCCACAAUGAUGAGUACUACACAGAAAGUAGCCGGGGUUCUGACUUGUCCGACAUUAUGGAGGAAGAUGAGGAGGAGCUCUACUCGGAAAUGCAGUUGGAGGAAGGUCGCAGGCGCAGCAUUAACUCUCACAACACCCUCAAGGCCUAUUACAAGCGUCAGGAUUUAGCUGAGGAGCGAGACUGCUGGGACCUUCAGCGGGAGGUGGUCAAACAGAAGUCCCUCCGCAGCAAACGUUUGCACAGUAUCCCUGAAGUGGCCGAGGAAGAGUCGGACAGCGUGGACAGUGUGGGCCAACAGCUGAGCUUUGAGGAGAGUGGGAGACCGGGAACACCGCACACUCAGAGAAGGCUGUAUCCUCAGGACGGCCUCAUGCACAAUCACUUUGCCCCCAGUAAAAGUUCUCGCCUUCUACAGCGGCAGCGCUCCUCGCCCCGCUUUAGUGACAGCCGCUACUGCUACCCUGAGGACGGCAGCUUUGGCCGUACGAACCGGCAGAACACCAAGAGUCCAGACAGCGGCUUGGACUGUGGUAGUGAGGAGGAGGGCUCUCUGGGACGCAGUCAUCGGGUUUACUAUGCACACAGCAGCCCCAUGAGAGGGCUGGUGCGCGUCAUCCACUGCGAAGGUCCUGUAGAGAGGCGCGCGCUUGCUAUGGGCCGCAGAAGGACUCUGACCAGGCAGUGCAGUAUGGAGGAGGAGUUCUGUGACGGGCCAGGGUCCAAGGCUGUUCACUCGGGUGACUUUAGGAACAGGGAACAUUAUGGCCCCCGGGAAACUGGAGUCUUCCCACUCAGAGAAAGUAGGCUCCAGUCUAUGCCCAGGCACAACCGGGACCAGCCGCUGAUUGUCAACUCGCCAACACAUGGAAACUCAGAGCGCCUGGACCCCUCAGGGAGGAGAACGGUCCACAUCGGCACCCCUCCUCAGCGAAGGCCCAUCCCAUCUAUUGAGAUCACCAUGGACAGUAACAGUGAGGGGAGUGAGGGGAACCUCUCACCUGGCAAGGAGGAUGUUAACUAUGGCAGUGUAGCUCGGCGCAGGAUAUGGCCAACUAUGUCCUCAGAGGAGCAAUAUGAUAGCUAUGGUGGACGCAGACACGGCCGUGGACACCGCUCAUUUGGGGAAGAAAUGGGCGAACUUACCCGAGUGUUUGUAGCUCUUUUUGACUAUGACCCAACAUCCAUGUCACCGAACCCUGAUGCUGCUGAUGAGGAACUGCCAUUCAAAGAGGGUCAAAUCAUCAAGGUGUUUGGAAAAAAAGACAAGGAUGGAUUCUACCGAGCGCAAAUUCGAGACAGAAUUGGUGUAAUUCCGUGUAACAUGGUUUCAGAGAUUCAGACAGAAGACGAUGAAAUGAUGGGCCAGCUCCUCAAACAGGGCUUUCUUCCACUAAACACUCCCGUGGAGAAAUUAGUGAACUGCGACCGUUUCAGAGAUGGCCGGUCAGUAAAUCGCCGGUCCAGAAAGUCAAAGAGAGAGAGAUAUAGGCGAAGCGGUCGGCCAUAUCCCAUGUCGACUAGAAGAAUGGUGGCCCUCUAUGACUACGACCCGAGAGAGAGCUCCCCCAAUGUUGACGUGGAGUAUGAGGGGCACAGGCUGAAUGAGGAGGUGAGUUUGGGUGAGGAGGGUUUCCACUUUUCUGUGUGUGUUUCUUUCCCAUGUUGCAGUGCAAAUGAUGAGACGGAACUGACGUUUUGUGCGGGAGAUGUCAUCACAGUUUUUGGUGAAAUAGACGAAGAUGGUUUUUACUACGGUGAACUUAAUGGACACAAAGGACUUGUUCCCUCCAACUUUCUAGAAGAAGUGCCUGAUGAUGUCGAAGUUUUUCUCACGGACUCCCCAUGCCGUUACCCUUCGGACACUCCGGCUCGGAUAAAGACCAAAAGGAAGAAGAGUGUUCAUUUCACACCUUAA